GGAGAAGAUGAAUGGGGGAAGAAAAACAAACCAAAAGAAGAAAAAAAAGAAAAAGGUUCCAAAUUCCCAAAAAAAAGACUUCGCCUUUCUUAAGUAUCAAUCCUCUGGCUAAACCCUAAUUCUCCCUCGACCCCUAAAAACUGGGGCAAUUCUAGGGUUUCGAAUGCAAUGGAGAAGGGUCUCGCCGUCGUCGAUCAGGGCGAGACGUCGCGAUCCAGAUCGGUGUUCGAGACCGUGAACGGAUCUCACAAAUUCACGAUCGAGGGCUACUCGCUGGCCAAGGGAAUGGGGCCUGGAAAGUACAUCUCUAGUGAUAUCUUCAACGUUGGGGGAUUCCAAUGGGCGGUCUACUUUUAUCCUGAUGGCAAGAAUCCCGAGGACAAUUCGGUUUAUGUUUCGGUGUUUGUCGCGUUGGCGAGCGAGGGGACGGAUGUUAGGGCUUUGUUCGAGCUGACGUUGAUGGAUCAGAGUGGGAAAGGGAAGCAUAAGGUUCAUAGUCAUUUCGAUCGGGCGAUGGUUAGCGGGCCGUAUACGCUCAAGUAUCGGGGCAGUAUGUGGGGAUACAAAAGGUUUUAUAGGAGAACAUCCUUAGAAACAUCUGAUUUUCUUAAGGAUGAUUGCUUGGUUAUGAACUGCACAGUCGGUGUUGUUAGAAGCCGCAUUGAAACACCAAGGCAAUUAAUCAUUACCGUGCCGCCACCAGAUCUGGGUUGCUGUCUUGAGCGAUUGCUGAAAUCAGGCAUCGCUUCAGAUAUUGUCUUUGAAGUCGAUGAUGAGACAUUUAAAGCCCAUAAGUUGAUACUUGCUGCUCGUUCACCAGUGUUUAAAGCCCAGUUUUUUGGCCUUAUUGGUAACCCUGACAUCGACAGAGUUAUUGUUCAAGAUGUGGAGCCUCCUGUAUUCAAGGCCAUGCUCCUAUUUAUGUACUCGGAUGUAUUUCCUGAUUUUCAUGAACUGUCUGGAGCAGUUUCAAUGUCAAUGAUGACAAACCUGGUGCAACAUUUGUUGGCUGCUGCUGAUCGAUAUGGUCUGGAGCGGCUGAAGAUAUUAUGCGAAGAAAAAUUGUGUGAACAAGUCACAGCUGAUACUGUGGUUUCGACAAUGUCCUUGGCGGAGCAAUACCAUUGCCCUCUUUUGAAGUCUGCUUGUCUAAGAUAUGCUGUAGCUCCAGAAAACUUGGGAGUUGUGCUGCAGACUGAAGGGUUUGGCCACUUAGAGCAUACAUGCCCAUCGCUGCUCACGGACAUUCUUUCGACAGUUGCUGUUGUCGAUGACGAUCAAACUGCAGUCAGUCGAAAGAGGAGCAGUAGCAGCAAUAUAGGCCUCAACCUCUUGGAUGGUGUUGAUUCAAGUGGCAGAAGAAUGCGGAGGCGGCUAUAGCGUGCUAGUAUUACUGAUCUUGUAACAUAACAUAAUGGCUGUGCCUCAAAUGAUUGAUCAUUUUGGGAACUGCCCUUUCGAUGCCCUUUGAAGUAAACAGAUUUGCGAUUGACUUGCGUGUUUUA